GAUGCUGUCAUCGCUUCUACUCCCGGGACCGCCGCCGCCGAAGAUUCUCCACCACCGCCGUCCCAAUGCCGCCAAGCCGACGGAAUUCCGGCAGUUCAAGGUGCGGUCUAUGGCCAACAACAGCCGUGAAGGCAGCGGCGGCGCCGUUGAAGCAGUGGCCAUCGUCGGCGGCCUAGUCGCCACGCCGGUGAUCGGUUGGUCCCUAUACACCCUCAAGACGACAGGCUGCGGGCUCCCUCCGGGCCCGGGAGGAUCUAUUGGCGCUCUAGAAGGAGUCAGCUACCUGGUGGUGGUCGGGAUCGUGGCCUGGUCGCUCUACACCAAGAGCAAGACGGGCUCGGGCCUGCCAAACGGGGCGUUCGGCCUGCUGGGCGCCGUGGAAGGGCUGUCGUUCUUGUCGCUGCUCGCCAUUGUCGUCAUCUUUGGUCUGCAGUUUCUUCAGAAUGGAUCCAUUCCAGGCCCCCUGCCCAGUGACCAGUGCUUUGGCUGAACUACCUGUCUGUAAAUAUUUCUGUACCAAAUUGAGAACUCGAUCGAUGUAUGCACUUUGGGUUUGGUAAAAUUAGGAUUAUAUUUAUAUGA